AUGUGUGCAUCAAAUCUUGUAUCAUCAGUUUGCAAAAAGAUAAUCAAACCAUAUUUUCCUACUCCAACUUCACUUCGUUGUCACAAGUUAUCUUAUCUUGAUCAAAUGCUCGGUGGAAUUUACGUGCCUUUCGCCUUUUUUUACCCUAAAUUGAGCAACACAUGGUCAGAUAAACCAAAUAACGUUAUAUCUGAACAUCUUGAAAAUUCCCUUUCAAAAGUUUUAUCCCAUUAUUAUCCAUUUGCAGGAAAGUUGAAUGAAAAUGUCUCUGUUGAUUGUAAUGAUCACGGAGUCGAGUUUUUCACUACCAAAAUCGAUUGUCCAAUGUCUAAAAUUCUCAAUAAUCCAUAUGCUGACAAAGAAGAUUUAGUCUAUCCGAAAGGAAUUCCCUAUACGGAUUCAUAUGGUAGUCUUGCUGUGGUUCAACUUAGUCAUUUUAAUUGUGGAGGAAUAGCAGUCAGUGCAUGUUUGACACACAAAAUUGGAGAUGGAUAUACAAUAGCCAACUUUAUUCAUGAUUGGGCUACUAUAGCACGUAAUCCAAGUUCAAAAAUACAAAGUCCUCAAUUUAAUGCUGCGACUAUUUUUCCACCUACAAAAGACAUGGUAAAUCGACAUGAAGUUGUGCCAAAAGGAGAAGAAUGUUCAUUCAAAAGUUUUGCUUUUUCAUCAUCUAAAUUAGUUGCCCUAAAAACUAGGGUUAUAAACAAUUCAAACAUACAAAAUCCAACAACCACUGAGAUUGUAUCAGCAUUCAUUUACCAACGUGCAAUGGCUACUAAAAAGAAGACUUCAGGUUCGAUUUGUCCAUCUGUACUUGUCCAGGCUAUGAACUUACGACCUCCAUUGCCACAAAAUUUAAUGGGAAAUAUUGGUUCGUUCUUUUCUAUAAUAACAACUGAAGAGAAAGAAAUGGAUCUGCCAAGAUUAGUUGGUAAACUACGGGAGGCGAAAGAAGAAGUUCGAAAAAAAUAUAAGCAUGAUAAAACAGAUGAAUUUCUACCUAUAACGAUUGAUCUAUUCAGAGAAGCAAAUGAUAGCUUUUUCAAUAAUUCCUGGUAUGAUAUCUAUAGGUUUAGUAGUAUCAAUAAGUUCCCUUUUUACAAUGUAGACUUUGGACGGGGAAGGCCUGAAAAAGUAAGUAUGUCAAGUAAUGGCCCAGUUAAAAAUAUGUUUUUGUUGAUGGAUAAUAAAAGUAGGGAUGAAGUGGAAGUAUUAAGCUCCAUGAAGGAACAAGACAUGUCCGCACUCGAGAAGGAUGAAGAGCUCCUAGAGUUUGCCUCUCCAAGUAGCUAA